AUGUUCCGACUUCUGCAAUCCCUCGUGGAUCGCCCGUUUCUGGCGUUGGAGGCUGUCCUCGGCAUUCAUCAUGAUCUCGUGAAGCUCCUUGCUUGUUUUCUGCUUUCGUAUCCACUCGCGUCUAUUAUGAAACGACUCCCUGAGCGUCCUGCUCUUCGUAGUUUCUAUUCAUUGGUAUGCGGUCUGGUUUACCUUCUUUUCAUUUUUCAUCUUGAAAAAGGCGUCGUAGCUUUAUUCAUCGACAUUUUUUUCACUUACUAUGUGUCGAAGUAUGUGAGAUCACCUAAAAUGCCUUGGAUCGUUUUCUUUUUUGAUCUUGGCCAUACUCUCCUUAACCAUAUUGAUCGCUAUUUGUAUCCUUCUGUUGGUGUCGACAUCACGGCAACGCAGAUGGUUUUGUGCAUGAAACUUACUGCAUUUGCUUGGAGCGUUUCUGAUGGACGUCGUCCCAAGGAAGACUUGACACCCUAUCAGACCCAGCGUGUCAUUUACAAGCAUCCUCCAAUGCUUCAUUUCCUCGGAUUUUCGUUCUUUUUCCCUUCUUUGCUCGCUGGCCCUGCCUUCGACUAUUCCACCUACAAAAGCUUCAUCACUCUGGAGAUGUUUGAGAAGCCCAAGCACCCCAAUAGUCCUCGCAUUCCUGAAAACUGGGGUCCUGCUCUUGUCCGCUGCAUCAUUGGUCUUAUUUGGCUUACCAUCUUCGUGAUUGGUUCUGAAAAGUUCCCUCUGAAUUCUUUGCUUACUCCAAAAUUCUACGAUGUUAGCAUGGCCAAGCGGUUUGGAUACAGUAGUUUGGUUGCUAUUCUCGCUCGUGCUAAAUAUUACGGCGCUUGGGAGAUGACGGAUGGUGCAUGUGUUCUCAGCGGCAUUGGUUACAAUGGCAAGGAUUCUCACAAUGUUCCUCGCUGGGAUAGAGUAAAGAACAUUGACCCUAUGGGUUUCGAAUUUGCUCCUAAUAUCAGAGCUGCCUUGGAGGCCUGGAAUAUGAAUACGAACAAGUGGCUCAAGAAUUCCGUGUAUCUCCGUGUGCCUAUGAAAAAUGGUCGUCCCACAUUCAAAAAUACUUUCUUUGCCUUCCUUACGAGUGCUGUAUGGCACGGUGUGUAUCCGGGUUAUUACCUUACCUUCUUGACUGCCGCAUUUAUUCAAUACAUCGCCCGCUACAUUCGUCGCUAUAUCCGGCCCUUCUUCCUUCAACCUGACAUGAAAACGCCAGGUCCCUUUAAAUGGUUUUACGACAUCGUUGGUAUUGUUACUGUUAACCUUACAAUGUCGUAUCUUGUGAUUUCCUUCCUUCUCCUCGAUCUUAAACGUUCUCUCUUCGUGUGGGGUAAGCUCUACUUUGCCGUUCAUUUGUAUAUCAUUCUCGCUAUGGUCCUCAUUAAUUCUCCCGUUCGCGGUUUCCUGGCGCGCAAAGUGAAAGAGCGUUCUGCUUUGGCAUCACAGAAAAAGUUGUAA